AUGAAUGAAUCUAUACGAAGUUUCAAGGAUUCAAAAAGAUCAAGGACAAAAUCAUUUAUUGGAUGCUUGAGCUGCAAAAAGAAGAAGAAGAAGUGCGAUGAGACUAAACCUGUCUGCUUAAGAUGCAAGAAAGGAGGAGGACCAUGUGUAUGGCCAGACGUCAUGCAAAGAUUAGGGAAAGUAGCAAAACAAAACAAGGCUACUAGUGGAAGCGAAAGGUCCCUCAAAGAUAAUGUAUAUCGGUUCAACUACGAUUUCACUGGCUCAAGUAUUGCUGCUACAAAUAUUGGAAAGUUCAAUUACUUUCCAGCACUUUUACUUCCUGACAUGCGAAAUAUAAUGAUACCAGGUGUAUCUCUAUCUGAAACAGAUGCUAUUUGCUAUAGAUAUUUUAUCGAGAAGUUUCUUCCUUCUUUACUGCAUCCCUUUACUCACGAUUCGUCUGUUGAGACAAUAUUUUUGACUGCUUCUUCUCAAUCCCAAACACUCAGGAAUAUUUUCUUUGCAUGCGGAGCAACAAUGAUAUCCUUUGAGAAUAUUUUUUUUAAAGAAGUAGCCCAUAAGAAAUACAUACAGGCAGUGAAAAUAUUGAUAGAAGAAAUAAAAAGUGGUGCUAUUCUUGGAUCCGAAGAUUGGCUUUUCAUGGCCGUACAAACCUUACAGACACUAUGUUUCAGAGAGAACGUAGUCAAACUACCAGCAAUAACUGUGGUGCCACAUUUUUCUGCGGCAUUUCAUAUAAUUAGGCAAAAGUUCAAGAAGAUUUCAAACAAACAAUGGACAGAAACCUCCAGGAUUAUAAGACCUGAUCCGCUUUCUGUUUCGCCGAAAUUGUACUCUUCUUUAGAUAAAGCACUUAUAGAAAACUUCUUGUUCAAUUAUCCCAUCGCGAUCUUCUUUGGGAGGUCUGAGAAUUUGGAGGUUACUGUACCAGAUCCCUUUUACGUUUUCAACUUGGCUAACAUAUGGCAGGAUUUCAGUCACGAAUCGAUUUAUCAUAAUUUGAACUGGUAUUCUCAAUUUGCUUUUGAAACUGCGGCAAAGAGUACUUGGAUGUGUCGUUUGAAGCUACCUUUAAAUGACAAAGACAGAUCUCUUUGUACUACUAUUCUCUCUACGGCAUCCAACGUAUUGAAGAAUUUCUUAACGAUUGAUGUUUCGGGAUUGAGCAAUAAGGUCAGACAGUCGGUCUCUAUUGCUAUGGUCACUCUUAGAAUAUCCUUAAUUUUGAUCAGAAAAAUGCUUCAAAUGAAAGAGCUAUCAGCGAAAGAUUUUCAAGGAGAGAUAAACCUCAUAAUAAAUGAGAUCGAUAAGCAUGAAAAUUUAAUUCUACCCGGAUGGACCUUACUUAUAGGGUUUUGCACUUCGUUGGAAGCGAAUCAAAGAAACUUUUUUAAGAAUCUGUUCAAUAAAUUAUUGUCCAACUUGAACUCAAACAUGUUGUUACAAAUCAUUAAUUUUGUUGAUUCAGCAGCACCUGUUAAUACGGCACCCGAUUACCCAUUUGAGCUAUUAUUUGAUACCCAGGUUUUAAAUAUGAUAUGUCUGUAG